GCAGCAUGAGCGCGCGCACAGCCUGACCCGCAGCUUUCUGGGCUGAACUUUGGAUUCCGAUCAGCAGCGAUGCCCCACCAGGAGCAACCGGUGGCGCGUGGACCCGUACCCGUACCCGUACCGGUCAUCAUCCAGACCGACGCGCGAGACAAAUGGAGCAAAAAGAUCGAUUUUCUGCUGUCGGUGAUCGGGUUCGCGGUGGACCUGGGGAACGUGUGGAGGUUCCCCUACAUCUGCUACCAGAACGGUGGAGGUGCGUUCCUCAUCCCCUACGUCCUCAUGGCCGUGUUCGGGGGCGUUCCUCUCUUCUACAUGGAGCUCGCUCUGGGGCAGUUCCACAGGACCGGUGCCAUCUCCAUAUGGAAACACAUCUGCCCCAUUUUUAAAGGUAUCGGUUUUGCGAUCUGCAUCAUCGCCCUGUAUGUGUCCUUCUACUACAACACCAUCAUCGCCUGGGCUCUCUUCUACUUCUACUCGUCCUUCAGCAGCACUCUGCCCUGGACCAGCUGUGACAACGCCUGGAACACCGAGAACUGCACCAACUACUUCGGCAAGGACAACGUCACCUGGACCAACUACUCCCGCUCGCCCGCCGAGGAGUUUUACACGAGGAAUGUUCUGGAGCUGCACGAGUCGGAAGGUCUGGGGAAUGUUGGGAUCAUUCGCUGGCAGCUGAUGCUAUGCCUGUUUCUCAUCUUUACCAUCGUCUACUUCAGUCUGUGGAAAGGAGUCAAAACGUCUGGGAAGGUAGUGUGGGUGACUGCCACUCUUCCGUACGUGGUUCUGUUCAUUCUGCUGAUCCGAGGGGCGACUCUACCCGGAGCCUGGAGAGGUGUGGUCUUCUACCUCCAGCCCAAAUGGGAGAAACUCAAGGAGACAAGCGUGUGGGUGGACGCUGCCGCUCAGAUCUUCUUCUCUCUGGGUCCAGGCUUCGGUGUGCUGCUCGCUCUCUCCAGCUACAACCCCUUCACCAAUAACUGCUACAGGGACGCCAUUGUGACGAGUCUGGUGAACUGCUUGACCAGCUUCGUGUCUGGAUUUGUGAUUUUUACUGUUCUGGGCUACAUGGCUGAACAGAGACACGUCAACGUAGAGGACGUAGCCAAAAACAAAGGGCCAAGCCUUCUGUUCAUCACCUACCCAGAAGCCAUUGCAAACAUGAUGGGCUCCACAUUCUUCGCCAUCAUCUUCUUUGUGAUGAUGAUCACGCUGGGGCUGGACAGCACGUUCGGUGGUCUGGAGGCCAUAAUCACCGCCGUGAUGGACGAGUACCCAGACUUCCUGUCCCACAGACGAGAGCUGUUUGUUCUGGGAUUGGUGGUUGUGUGCUUUUUGGGCUCUCUCAGCACCCUUACUAAAGGAGGAGCGUACGUGGUGAAACUUCUUGAAGAGUUUGGAGUUGGUUCAUCUAUAAUUGCUGUAGUGUUUCUGGAGGCCACUGCUGUUUCCUGGUUCUAUGGCAUCAACAGAUUCAGCAACGACAUCAAAUCCAUGCUGGGCUACACUCCCGGACUGUUCUGGAAGGUGUGCUGGGUGGCGAUCAGCCCGGCGUUUCUAGCUUACAUCAUCAUCAGCUCCCUGCUGAACCCUUCACCCCUCACGCUGUUUGACUACAAGUUCCCUGACUGGAGCAUCACUGUGGGCUACAUCAUUGGAAUGUCCUCCUUUAUGUGGAUACCCAUUUACAUGGUUUACAAACUGGUGUGGACCCCCGGCUCCCUCAAACAGCGCCUGGCUGUUUGCCUGCGGCCCGAGAGGACACUGCCGGACAUUCACACGGACACACUGGGACUCACUCCUGUACCUUAACCUGACCCCAAAUCACUCUGGAACCAAAACCAGAACCAGAACCUUCACACUAAAGGAGGGGGAGUGCACAGACUCCUCUGAGUAAAGAAGCAAUAAGUAGCAUCUUUUGUCCAACUUAACAGUUGCGAUAUUCGCCAAGGAAUCAUGAACAGGAGGUUACUUUCAAAUUCGGGCCAAACAGCGAUGGGAUGUUUUCUGUACCGAGCAGAUCUUAUUUUUCUAACUGAAGAAACAACAUAAAAAUCAAAAUUACAGAUUCUAUUUUCCAACAGCUUUCUGAACAACAGAAUUCUGUAUUAUCACUGAGCGAAAUUCUUUUAUUCUUCCGCAUUAACUUUUGAUUGCGCUGUGGAAAAUGCUACUUAUUGCUCCUUCGGCCUAAAAAACCACUUGAUGAUGAUUUGGGAAGACCGUGUUCCAGUCAUUGCUGUGGUUCAUGCAACCAAAUCAGUGUUAAGAGUAAUAUUUUUAAAAGCAGUACAUGGGAUUAAAAACUUCUCACUAACGUAAAAUAUCAAAUAUAAUACCUAAAAAAAAAAGAAAAUGGGCCAACAAACUAUGGAAUUAUGGUUGAUAAAUGGUUGAUGUCUCAUUCUUUGGUUAAUAUAUAAUAAAAGAGUUUACUCCUUUUUUUUCCUCAUUAUCAAGUUCAAGUCAGUGUAGUAAGUAAAGUCAAGAAUGGCAAUUUGCUAAGAAUCAUGCAAAUGAGAAUACCUCAUCACGGGAGUUUUUUUUCUUUGAGAACGUUUUGUUGUGGAGAUUUUCUGGUGUAACUUUAAGAUUUUCUGCCUUAACUCUGCCUAAAAAACAUUAGCUAUUCUACUAUUCUAUGUUAAAACACCAUAAUCAUCUGUACUGGUAGUGUGCCUCUGGGGAACUUUAACUCUUUAACAAGAAGACUGUUGGAAAUUCUUAAACUCCCUGACGAGACUUGAGCAUAAAUAAUAAUAUAUUACAUUUAUCACAGAGAAAAAAAAGAGGGAUCCUUCCUGCUGAGUUUUAGUAGAAUUUAAUCACUUUAAUACAAAUAAUUACAGCACAGACAAGAUUUAUUAAACUGUAACAACUGUGUAAAACAGAGACUAGCUAAGAGAGCUAACUAGCAGCCACUGUGCUGUAUUUGAUUCACCUCAGAAAUCACACCCUAAGAAUUAAAGUUUAGUUUAACAGUAUUUAAAAACACUUUCAAAAAAACUUUAAAUUUAAACAUUUCAAGUUUACCACAGCUCGUUUGCCAGUAAUUUGUAACACUUUUUUUUCUAGCAAAUCCAUCCAAAAAAGGCCUUACUUUAAAUAUGGGCGAGAUUAGCAUUGUUAGCAUUGUCUCAGAGCUUAGCUGUUAGCUUUGUUAGCAAUACCAGCUGAUCAUUUUAAUUUUUAGAAAUCCCAGCACCAUUAAACAUUUCCACACUUAAAAAAUUGGACAGUACUGUAUGUACGACUUAAUAAUUAUUAAUAUUAUGACAUACAUAAAAAUAGAAUAGCUAAUUAACAGUAUAAUACUACUGAUUUUACUACUAUUGAUGAGCUGAGCAACCAUUGUUGAUUCUGAACUGAAUUGGGAUUUUUUUUUACAUUUUCUUUUUUUUCUGUGUGGUUAGCUAACAAUUAGCCAUGCUAAGAUUUAGGUAAAAUCCUAAAAGUUAUGGUACAGCUUAGUACCUGUACCAGCUAGCUAGCGUUUUUAGCUACAGGUGUAAUUAGCUACCACAGAAAAAUUAAAUAAGUUUUCCAUUGAAAUUUAUGAAAAUUACAGAAACUCUGAUAAAAGAGCAGCAAAGGGUCAAACAUUAGCUUUAGCCUUGUUUGAAUGUAUUGUGAAUAAAACAUUGUAAAAUAAGAAUUGUUAUUUAAAAGGUAACUAAACCCCCUGCUUUUGGCUGACUCCAGCCCAAAUUUGAAAAAUGCUAAAAAAAAAAAAAACGAAAUUGGGAGGGGCACUGUGUGAUGUAUGGGUUUAGGGGUGGGGCAGGAUGGAGAGAUGAUUGAGAAUAUUUAAAUCGAAAAUAUAGCUGUUGUGCUGCAGCUGUUUGUAUAAUUUUAUGAUUAAAUGCUACUAAAGCCCGACUGGAAAGGAGCACAACCCUCUGAGAGAAAACUCUACGGCCGAGAGUCAUGACAUGUCCAUUUCUUUUCAUACUGAUUUUCAGAAAACAGCUAAGGAUGUUACCAAAUUCCAAUUCUCUUUGCUAUGAAUGUUCGAUUCUGAUGAGAAAUGCGUUCUUCGUAUAACAUGUACGGUAUCGUAAAGUUGUGACCGAGAGUCUUGCUUGUAUAAAUGUCUGAAGUAACAAUAAAGAUCAACAACUGAGAUGAAAAA